CUCUACUGACGCCAUCUACACGUUUCUCUCACAUGUCCGCCCCCUGUGUGUCUGCAGCAGCUGCACAGUGGAGCAUUGUGGACUACAAACACCACACGUUUGAUUCCUGUAAUAUAUUUCACCGAUAAACCGCAGCGUGUCUCUGCAGGAUGAGCUCCCAGAUCACUUGUGUCGGAUGGGUGAGCAGAGGCGUUGCCAAGGAAACCCCGGACAAAGUUGAGUUGAGCCAAGAAGAGCUACAGCGCAUCAUCACUGAAGCCAAAGAGGAGCUUGGGGAACUAGCAGCUGAGGAAGAAGAGGAGGAGGAUGAAGGCAUUGCUUGUGAACAGACUCCUGAGGACGUCGCUGAAGCUGCAAAGGAUGAGAAUAAAGAAGACAAGGACGAAGAUGACGAGCUGGCAGAGUAUGGCCUGGAUAAAUAUGAUGAAGAGGACUCGGUGACCGCUAACCUCGGCGACAGUCUGGCUGGUCUCACAGUGUUCAGCUCUAAUGAUGAGGAUCCUUACAUCACCAUCAAAGACACAGAUCAGUAUGAACGUGAAGACUUCCAAAUCAAGCCCACUGACAAUCUCAUCUUGACAGGCCGGGCGGAGAAGGACUGCUGCAAUUUAGAGAUUCACGUUUAUAACUCAGAGGAGGACUCUCUGUAUGUUCAUCAUGAUAUUCUGCUGCCAGCUUACCCACUGUGUGUGGAGUGGCUAAACUUUGACCCCAACCCUGGAGAAGGACCUGCUAACUAUGCAGCUGUGGGCAACAUGACCCCUCAGAUAGAUGUGUGGGACCUGGAUGUGGUGGACUGUUUAGAGCCAGCCUUCUCACUGGGGAGCAAAAAGGCCGCUAAGAAGAAAAAGAAGAAGAGGGCGGCAGCAGCAGCAGCAGAUCCUGUCGAGGGACACACAGAUGCAGUGCUGGAUUUAUCCUGGAACAAGUUGGUGAGAAAUGUGUUGGCCAGCGGAUCAGCAGAUGACACAGUUAUCUUGUGGGAUCUCACUCAAGGCAAACCAGCCACAACUCUGCGCAGACAGAACGACAAGGUUCAGACGUUACAAUUCCACCCGUUUGAGGCACAGACCCUGAUAUCGGGAUCAUACGAUAAGACGGCUGUCCUGUAUGACUGCCGCAAUCCAGACAGCAGCAAUCGGACCUGGAGGUUCAGCGGUCAAGUCGAGCGUCUGGUCUGGAACCACUUUUCACCAUGCAACUUCCUGGCCAGCACAGAGGAUGGAUUUGUCUACUGUCUGGAUGCGCGCUCAGAUAAACCUGUUUUCACACUGAGGGCUCAUGAUGAAGAAGUGUCAGGUUUGGAUCUCAGCAGCCAGAUUAAAGGAUGCCUGGUCACCUCAUCAGCUGACAAACACGUUAAGAUUUGGGACAUUCUGGGCAACAAACCCAACCUGGUGCACUCACGGGAUAUGAAGAUGGGUGUGCUGUUCUGUGCUGCAUGCUGCCCUGAUCAGCCUUUCACCUACGCCUUUGGGGGACAGAAGGAUGGUUUGAGAGUUUGGAAUAUCAGUGAUGUUGCAGCAGUGGCUGAGGUGUUUGGCAGUCGAGAGCGCCUGGUCGUGAACGCCGGAUCACAGGCAUCCAGCAGUGCAGCCACAGCAGACAUGGAAGUCUCCUAGUGAGCCUCUGAGUACAUCCACAACCUGUAAACAUGAAUAAACUGAGCAUCCAUGAAAACGUGUCAAGCUGCUCCGCUUGUUGCUGCUUUCCUCGUAAUGCAGCGCUUCAUUCUCGGAGAAGAAUUUGGAAUACGCGAAGCUGCGUUCAUGAAGGGUUUGAAAUGUUCAGAAUGCAAACUGAGCCUAAAACAUGCGAAAAAUGUGUUCAGCUCGUCUCUCUGCACAGAUAACGACAGCGGCUUUGUACACUCAAAGACUUGUUAAGAAAAGAUAAGAACAUGUUUCUUACAUUCAUUUUGUUUUUCUUUAUUUGAAUUGAGGUCUUUACUUUUCUUUCUAUAUUUCCAAAUGUAACAUGCUUCUAAAGACUAUUUUCACAUGAAAAUGUGUCACUUACAUUGUGAUAUUGCUUACCUGGGUUUCCUGGUAAAAAUGAAAGGUUAAAAAGAUGUGUGUGCUCUCACAUCUGGCCAAAGUAUUGGAAAAUAAUACUCUGAAAUGCUGUAUAUUCAAUAAAUAAAUACAGUUUAUAUGUGUAAA